GCCUUCUACCUUUGGUCUAAAAGUAAUCAUCUGAAAUAGUCUAAUUUUUAAAUAAUGACGGUGCCCUUGAAGCUAUCAGUCUCUUCUGUUACGCAGCCUACGAGUUCCAUAGACAAAUGAUUACAGAAUAAGCAGUGCAAUAAGCUUUUCUACAUUGAGACACUAUUUUCUAUUAUUGUUAACAGUCAAGAAGCAGUUUGCCAACCGACUGAAGACCACAAGAAUCUAGUGCUGAUUUGUAUUGUAAUGGAGGGAUACUUCUGUAAAGUAGCUAGAAGAUCUGGGAGUAGAACAUUUAAUAUUUCUGUACUCUCCAGCCUACUAUAAUGUCAAAAAUGAGUACCAACUGGACAGCCAACCUGAGCUUUGGAGCAUCUACAGAUCCUCAUGAGCCAAGAACUGGACUCUCUAGAACAGGGCACACCAUAGUGGCUGUUUUCCUUGGAUUUAUCUUGGUAUUUGGCUUCUUGAAUAACUUGAUUGUUCUCAUACUCUUCUGCAAGUUUAAAACCCUGCGCAACCCUGUGAACAUGCUACUGCUGAACAUCAGUGCCAGUGACAUGUUAGUGUGCAUCUCUGGCACCACACUCAGUUUUGCAUCCAACAUCCACGGCAGAUGGAUUGGAGGAGAGUAUGGUUGCAUGUGGUAUGGCUUUGUCAAUUCCUGCUUUGGUAUUGUGUCCCUGAUCUCCUUGGCUAUCCUGUCUUAUGAACGCUAUAGCACCAUCACCCUAUGUAACAAACGAGGCUCUGACUAUCAGAAGGCUCUGCUAGCAGUUGGUGGUUCCUGGCUUUAUUCUCUGAUCUGGACAGUACCACCGCUCAUCGGCUGGAGCAGUUAUGGGAUUGAGGGGGCCGGCACAAGCUGUUCAGUACGUUGGACCUCCAAAUCAGCUGAGUCUGUGUCCUAUAUCAUCUGUCUCUUCAUAUUCUGCUUGGUCAUCCCUGUAAUGGUCAUGAUAUACUGCUAUGGGCGUCUCCUUUAUGCUGUUAAACAGGUUGGAAAAAUCCGGAAGAAUGCUGCCCGUAAAAGGGAAUACCAUGUUCUCUUCAUGGUGAUUACUACAAUAAUCUGUUAUCUAAUAUGCUGGAUGCCUUAUGGAGUUAUAGCACUGCUUGCAACAUUUGGUAGUCCAGGUGCAGUUUCUCCAGUAGCAUAUGUCAUACCUUCCAUCCUGGCAAAGAGCAGUACCGUAUGCAAUCCAAUUAUCUACAUACUUAUGAACAAGCAGUUUUACAAAUGCUUUCUUCUACUUUUCCACUGCUACCCUCCUUCGGCUGCUGAUGGAGAAUCCAUAUGUCAGUCUAAGGUAACCGUAAUCCAGCUGAAUCAGAAAGUGGACAGUGGAGUCACAUGUAAUAAUCAAAUACUUCCUGAAAUGGAUGGAAGAGUGCCCAGUCUGCUGAGCCCAGAGUCAAGCUUGGAGCCAACUUCAGAAGACACACCACAGAUGUUAAAGGAGAAUUCUCUCUGAUGACUAGGCACACACCUUAACCAGCGUACGCUGUUGUAUUGCCACACUACCCAGUUUACUUUAACAUUCCUAAAGGAAAUUGGUAUUUGUGGAAUAGGAAAAAAAAUAUGACAAGAACAAAAAUAGGCUUCUGUUACUAUUUCUUAAUAGCACCUAAGACUGAAAGUCACUGAAGGAAUGGUUUGAUAUGGCAGUUUUAAAACAAUACAGGUGACCUUCCAGAUAUAAGUUAAUUAUUU